ACAAAGCGUAUUUUACCGUGGCGUACCAGGUAGCUUGUUCAAGCUCUUCUCUAAGCCAGCUACCGAUGCGACCAAAGCAGUUUUUAGGCUAGUUUUCCACACAAUUUUUCGUUGGGAACAGUCCGACCGGCACUUCCGCGGCAAAGCAACGCACACGAAUUGCCAAAUCUCUCCUCACUUGCCCUGCCACUUCCACUUCCACUUUGGAGACAAGACCAGUAGCUAGCUAGCAAGCCAGCUGGAGUAGGACAAGACUUAGGCAACUAUCUUGCUACAACCAGAGCGAAACAAAAGAUGGACCCAACCAGAGGACAAGGUGGGUCUCGGGGAGUAAAGCGCAGCAGAUCUGAUGAGGACAAUGAAGAAGAAACAAAGGAAGCCCCACCGCAGCCGCAGCCGCAACGGCAAUUCCCGCCUCAGUUGCAUGUACAAUCCAAUGUACAGCAACCUCCAGGAGAAAUGAACAGCGCGGCUCAAAGUCUGCAGCCACAACGUCAAUUGAGCCCAAACGACAUUCUCCGAUUGGCACUUGGUGUUGCUCAGGCACCGCAGCCACAGCAACAGGUUCAGCCUCAGGUUCAGCCUACACAGCAGCAGCAGCAACUGCAGCAGCAGCUUGGCUUGCUACUCGGUUAUGGUGCAGCACAAGCUGCUGUACCAAAUAAUGUGCAACAGGGUAAUAACUUGCAGGCCAAUCCAAAUAAUGUACAUAUACAACAGGGGGGCGCUCAAGGUGCAGGUGCAGGAAUAGUCAACAACGCCGAGCUGAUGCUGCGCAUAAUUGCUUCAGGAGCGGGUGGGGAUCUGCUUCGUGUAAUUCAGCCCGGACAACAGCAACCCGUGCAGCAACCCGUGCAGCAACCUGUACAGCAGGUACUGGUACCGGCACCGGUACAGCAAGGUAAUGGCAAUCUCCUCCUUCAGGCAUUGUCGAUGCAAGGCAAUUAUCCAGCAAGACCACAAGCAAAUAACUCAGCGAAUCAGUUUUCCGCUGCCUUGGCGGCAGCUGCCGCCACGGGUGGUCUUUCGAUGUCUGUUGGGGCCCCACCUCCCGCGGCGUUCCCGUCUGCUCCUGCUGCCCACAACCCAGAGGCUGGCCAGGGUGCUGCUCCACAGCUUCAAAACCAGCCUGCCCCUGCUGCUGCUGCUGCUGCUGCUGCCACCGUUCCGGUGGCAAGAGUGGACACUCACGGCAUUACAGGAAGGCCUCCUCGGGUCAUGUACAAUGCUUCAGACGAAGGGAGGCUAACCCCGUAUCAGUGUUUGGCGAGAAAGCACUUGGAGUAUUUUGAGGCGGACCAGAACAAAGUAGAAGAGGGAGCCCAAGGGAGAAACAAGGCAAUUGUUCUCGGACAAGUGGGGAUCCGCUGCAGGUUCUGUUGUCAUUUGAAGCGCAAAGAAAAGGCACCCGCCGCCGCCUUUUAUCCAUCCAGGCUUUCUGGUAUCUACCAAUCGGCUCAAAACAUUAUCAACUCUCACUUGGCAAAAGACUGUUCCAAGGUCCCCCGUGAGCUACGCGAGGAGUUGUUGCGAUUGGGCAAUCGGAAAUCAGCACCGGGAGGAGGCAAGGCUUAUUGGGCCAACGAAGCCGCUCAAGUCGGUGUUAUCGAAGACGAGCAUGGGCUUCGUUUUGCACAAGAGACGGCACUGGCCGCCGGUUCACAUGGGCAAGCCAAAGACGUGGAUCCUUAAUAAAGCAUGUGUCAGUUGGUGGCUAUUCGCCUGAUGCAUUCCGACGAGACCACACAAAGCUUCACAGACGAGACAGCCCAAAGCCCCCGCAUUUGUCCCAACGCUAAUGAAUCAUAAAACUUGUCUCCAAUUAGACGCAACAAGUUACACUAUCCAUUCAGUCAUCCGCCCGAGUUCAAGACGCCUCCGAUCGGUCUGUUCCCUGAUUUCACCCGAACCCUUUGCCAAUACCUUAGUCUCUUCACGGUGGAUGAAGAGGAGGUCAUGAUGAUGCAGCUGGCGUAUUUCCCAAACCGGAGUGCGGCAUAUUUGUAUCUCUGGAGGCAGUGACAAGUUCAUCGGGGGAUGUGGCCCAAAUGACCUAACCAGAUAAAGUUCUGCAGGAUGGCUUUUGAUAGCUGCUCAGCCUGGUGUGGGAUGGAGCAAGUCUGAAUGUUGUCCAAAGCUGCGAUCUCAAGGUGCUGAUAAAAUACAGGCAGCACCAGAAAACAUGCACCUUUACCUUGAUCCUUGGCAGUUGCGGCUGGACAUUUAUUUUAUGGUAUUAAUAGGACUGAGACACUCCCCAGUCGGCCCACUGUGGAGAAUGUACAGUCAGCGAUGAAACCAAGACAUAAGGUUGCAAGCACAAUAAUUCUUUCUUUCGUCACGUUGGAAAUGCCGAGUGACAUCCCACUCAUCCCACCCAUCCCGUCGAACUGUGCGC